AUGCAAUCCAGGCAUGUAAGAAGUCAUAGUUGGAAGAAACUCUAUGAAUGUAAUCAAUGUGGUAAAGCCUUUUCCUCUCACAGUAGUCUCAGAUAUCAUAAAAGAACCCAUACUGGAGAGAAACCUUAUGAAUGUAAUCAUUGUGGUAAAGCCUUUGCAAGACCUGCUCAUCUCCAAAGACAUAAAAGAACCCAUACUGGAGAGAAACCUCAUGAAUGUAGUCAAUGUGGGAAAGCCUUUGCAGGACCCACUCAUCUCCAAUGUCAUAAAAGAACCCAUACUGGAGAGAAACCUUAUGAAUGUAGUCAAUGUGGGAAAGCCUUUUCCUGUCACAGUAAUCUCAGAUAUCAUAAAAGAAACCAUACUGGAGCGAAACCUUAUGAAUGUAAUCAAUGUGGUAAAGCCUUUGCAAGACCCGCUGAUCUCCAAUGUCAUAAAAGAAGCCAUACUGGAGAGAAACCUUAUGAAUGUAAUCAAUGUGGUAAAGCCUUUGUAGCAACCACUACUCUUCAAAGACAUAAAAGAACCCAUACUGGAGAGAAACCUUAUAAAUGUAAUCAAUGUGGUAAAGCCUUUGCAAGAUCUGAUAAUCUCCAAUGUCAUAAAAGAACCCAUACUGGAGAGAAACCUUAUGAAUGUAAUCAAUGUGGGAAAGCCUUUUCCUGUCACAAUAGUCUCAGAUAUCAUAAAAGAACCCAUACUGGAGAGAAACCUUAUGAAUGUAAUCAAUGUGGGAAAGCCUUUUCCUGUCACAAUAGUCUCAGAUAUCAUAAAAGAACCCAUACUGGAGAGAAACCUUAUGAAUGUAAUCAAUGUGGUCAAGCCUUUUCCUGUCACAAUAGACUCAGGUAUCAUAAAAGAACCCAUACUGGAGAGAAACCUUAUGAAUGUAAUCAAUGUAGGAAAGCCUUUUCCCAUCAAAAUAGUCUCAGAUAUCAUAAAAGAACCCAUACUGGAGAGAAACCUUAUGAAUGUAAUCAAUGUGGGAAAGCCUUUUCCUGUCACAAUAGUCUCAGAUAUCAUAAAAGAACCCAUACUGGAGAGAAACCUUAUGAAUGUAAUCAAUGUGGUAAAGCCUUUUUCUGUCACAGUGGUCUCAGAUAUCAUAAAAGAACCCAUACUGGAGAGAAACCUUAUGAAUGUAAUCAAUGUAGGAAAGCCUUUUCCCAUCAAAAUAGUCUCAGAUAUCAUAAAAGAACCCAUACUGGAGAGAAACCUUAUGAAUGUAAUCAAUGUGGGAAAGCCUUUUCCUGUCACAAUAGUCUCAGAUAUCACAAAAGAACCCAUACUGGAAAGAAACCUUAUGAAUGUAAUCAAUGUGGUAAAGCCUUUUUCUGUCACAGUGGUCUCAGAUAUCAUAAAAGAACCCAUACUGGAGAGAAACCUUAUGAAUGUAAUCAAUGUGGUAAAGCCUUUGCUACAUCCAGUCAU